GAGGCCCUCCUGUCCAGCAUCAAGCCAGUGCCCAGUGGCAAUGAGUACAGAAGUGGUUGUGCCUGAGGGUGCCAGCGGGGACAUGGAGGCCAUGUGCUCAGAACUGUUCCUGCCCACAUCAGGAGAGGCAGGAGUCCUGGGAAGCCCUGGUGUGGCCAGCACUGACCUGGCUGGGACACCUCCACUGAGUGCCAGCCAGGACUUGCUGCUGGCAGAGACAUCGAUGCUUGGGGAAGGGGCUCAUACUGAAGGAAGCAAUGUGGAAAUACUCAUCGAGGCAAUGGCUGGCAAUGCGACGCUGAGCAGUGCAGCCAGUGCCACAGAGGUACUGGUCAAAGUGGUGGAGCUGUAUUUCUGCGAGAGGUGUGGCCAGAGCUUCCCGGAGGCAUCCUUGUUGUCCCAGCACCAGUGCCUGCUGCUGCCCCACACAGAGCACCUGGAACUCCCUGGAGCACUGUUGGCUUCUGCCAAAGAAGGCCAGAGCAAGUCAGGGAGCUUGGACCUGCCCAGAGCUGGCACACAGGAGGGCUCUGCUCCCGAGCACCUGUUGUGCCCCAUCUGUCAGCAGGCAUUCAUGCAGCCCAGUGGACUCAAGGAGCACUUCAGGACCCACCGUGCCCCACCAGGAGCCUUGCCCUGCCCCGAGGAGGGCUGCUGCUUUGCCACAGAGGACCGCAAGCAACUGCGUGGCCACCUCCGUGACUUGCAUGGGGCCUCUCCUGUGUCCUGUGCCUACCGUGCCUGCCCGCUGCUCUUCCCCAGCCAGCUGGCCAUGGAGCAGCACCACCGCACUCACUUCCCCUUCCACUGCAGCCACUGUGACUUCAUCACGGCUAAUGCCAAGCUCUUCUGGCAGCACAGGAAGGGUCACACCCUGGAGCCCCUUGCUGAGACACCCGCUGAGACGCCCAUGACAGCAACAAAAGGGCAGGAGGAGGCAGGGAUUUGCCACACUGACUGGGAUGUCACCUCAGCAGAAGACAGACCAGCAAAACCCACAGGCACCAGGGAAAGCUCCUUGGAGGGGAGGAAAGCAUCAGCUGGAGAAGAAGACUCUGGCAGUGGUAGGGAUGAGUCACCAGAGGAGGAUGGUGAGAGCCCCUGUAAAGACGAGGCCAAAGAGCAUGGAAAGGCAGCUCCUGAGAAAGCCAGAGUGCCACAGACACAGCACUUCAAAGGAGAUGUUGUGGAGGGUUCUGAGUACCUCUACAAAACCCACAUGUGCCCUGAAUGCAAGCGGUGCUUCAAGAAGCGGACACACCUGGUGGAGCACCUCCAUCUGCACUUCCCUGACCCCAGCCUGCAGUGCCCCAACUGCCACAAGUACUUUACUAGCAAAAGCAAGCUGAAAAUCCACAUGAUGCGGGAAACUGGUGAGAAGGCUCAUCGCUGCCCGCUCUGCCAUUACAGCUCAGUGGAGAAGAAUGCCCUCAACCGCCACAUGGCCAGCAUGCACGAGGACAUCUCCAACUUCUACUCUGAUGUUUACUCCUGCCCUGUCUGUGAGGAGAAGUUUCGGCUCAGCCAGGCCCUCAAGGAGCACUUGAAGUCUCACAAAGCUGAGCCCAAGAAGUUGAGCUGCUUCCAGGGCGGUUGUGACUACUGCACCGAGGAACGGAAGGAGUUUGUUCGUCACCUAAAGGAUGCUCAUGGCAUCAAGGCAGUGGAGUGCAAGUACUAUGCCUGCUCCCUGCUCUUCAGCACGGCUGAGGCCAUGGAGGCUCACCGAAAAACCCACUACGCCUUCCACUGCCAGCAGUGUGACUUCAUCUGCUCCAACAAGCAUGUUUUCCGCAAGCACAAGAAGCAGGGGCACCCAGGCAGUGAGCAGCUGCAGUGCAGCUUCUGCCCCUAUGCCACGUUCAACCCGGUGGAGUUUCAUGACCACGUGGGCAAGAUGCAUGCCAAUGAGAAGAUCCACAAAUGCACUGAGUGUGCCUUUGCCACUGCACACAAGAGGGUGCUCAUCCGGCACAUGCUGCUGCACACUGGAGAGAAACCUCACAAGUGUGAGCUCUGCGACUUCACGUGCCGGGACGUGAGCUACCUGUCCAAGCACAUGCUGACCCACUCCAGUGACAAGAACUUCAUGUGCACCGAGUGCGGGUACAUCACCAAGUGGAAGCACUACCUGAACGUCCACAUGCGCAAGCACACUGGAGAUCUGCGGUACCAAUGCAACCAGUGCUCGUACCGGUGCCACCGUGCUGACCAGCUGAGCAGCCACAAGCUGCGGCACCAGGGCAAAAGCCUGAUCUGUGAGGUGUGUGGCUUCGCCUGCAAGCGCAAGUAUGAGCUACAGAAGCACAUGCAGGCGAAGCACUCGCAGAACUACGAGGUGCCCGUCUUCCAGUGCCAGUACUGCACCUACCAGACCAAAUACAAGCAGGCACUGCUGAACCAUGAGAACUGCAAGCACACCAAGCAGAAGGAGUUUCGCUGUGCCCUCUGUUCCUACUGCACCUUCAGCAACACCAGCCUCUUCUUCCACAAGCGCAAGAUUCAUGGCUACAUCCCUGGUGACAAGGACUGGUUGGAAAACUAUGCCAGCAAGGAGCUGGAGAUCAGCUCACCCGAGACGCUCUUCAGCUACGAGCUCGGUGCAGCCCUGCAUGUGGAUGCUGACUCCCCCCUUGCUGGCAAGGAGCAGUGGGCAAAGGCAAAGACGUCCCCGCUGGAAUCCCAGGGGAAAGAAAGCUACCAGCAAGUGUUUGUAGUGCCCCUCCUUGGGCAGGAUGCUGCUCCAUCAGAGGGUGGCAGCAAGGCAGAGAGAAGUGUGGGCAAAGAAGAGGAGAGCUGUCCCACUGCUGCAGAUGCCCUGGGAGAUGACUGCAUGCAGGGAGAUGCUGUCACAAUGUCAACUGAACUCACUGCUGCUGAGGAUAUGGCAGAGACCUGUACUUUGCACUUGGAGGCAGUGAAUGUCUCAUCUGACACCCUCCUGGAGCAUUUGAGUGGAGAAGCCUGUGUGGCACAGCCAGAGGGUGUGGAAAUACUGUCCUGCAAGGAGACUCCCACAGCCUAUGAGAUGCUGGGCUCCAGGGAUGACCUGGGCUUGGAGGACAAUGACAAUACGCUUGAAGACAUCCCAGACUUUGAGGAAGAGGAGGCAAAUGUACGGGAGGAUGAGGUGGGGAGGCUGGAAGGUGGUGUAGUGGCAGGAGACAGCCAGGGAAAAGAUAAUCUAAGGCAGGCCAUGGGCCCCUUCAAGGGGUCAUGUUCAGAGCACCAUAACUUGGUGGCAGACAGCGAGGUGAGAGAGAGCAGCCAAGCUGAGCUGCCAGAAGCUUGGCUCAGCAUGCUAAAGACAGCUGAGCAGAACCAUCCACCUGUCCCAAAGGAUGUGACCACUUCUGGUGAUGAUGCCAAGGGUGGCUCAGAGUUGGUGCUGAAGGCUCUGCGGAAGCAGGAUAAAGAGCAGGCAGAGACACUGGUGCUGGAGGGCAGGGUGCAGAUGCUGGUGGUGCAAUCAGAGAGCCAGAUCUUUAAGUGCGAGAAGUGCUCGUACAUCACACGGAAGGAGAAGUCCAUGUCCCUGCAUUCUAAGGCCAGCUGCCAGAGCCGCCGGGCCCCACUCUCCUGCCAUGAGUGCGGUGCCAGCUUCAAACAGCAGAGGGGACUCAACACCCACCUCCUCAAGAAGUGCCCGAUCCUCCUGAAGAAGAACAAGAUCUUCAAACCAGCUGGUCAUGAGCCACCUGGGUUGUGCCAGCCUGCUGACCAGCCUGGUGAUAAUGGUACAGAAACAGCAGAGAGCAAGCAAAGCUCAGAGGAAUGUGGGCAUGCUGAUAGGCCCUGGGAUACUGAUAAAACUCAGGCAGAAGGCAGCCCUUUGGCUGGGGAACAGGCACUAGGCUCUUCAUCUCCUGAGAAAUCCCUGCCAGGUGACAGCACAGAGAUGGUGGAAGAGCCUCACCAGGAAGGGCAUGGGGCUGAGCCAGUGGGAGCUGCUUGUCCCCUCCAGCUUGGGAAGCCCUCAGAGAAAUACAGACUGGAAGGAGGGAAGCUGCACUGCAACGCCUGCUCCUUUGUGUGCUCUCGUGUCUCUACCAUCACCUCCCACGUGGAGGAUGGAUGCAGGAGCCUGGAACAGUUUUGGUGCUCCCUGUGCCCUGAGGCCUUCCGCUCCCGAAGGGCCCUUAAGAGCCACCAUGCUGAGAAGCACAUCGUGCAUCCUGAGGAGGACAGAACCCAAAGCACGAAGCAAUUCGAGUGGGACUUGGCCAGCAUUGAGACAGGCCAGCCCAGUAAGCUUCCACUGGAUGUUCCCCCCCAGAAAGCCACCCUGCCCAAGAAGAGGCGUUUCUCCUGCCCCACCUGCCACUUUACCUGCCACCAGGAACGGGCCAUGAAGACCCAUAAGAAGAGGGGCUGUGUGACGCUGGGCGAGUUUCGCUGCUCUUCCUGCCCCUUCACCUCCAAGGCAGCCAAAGCCCUGAGGCUGCACCGCAAGCACUACAGCAAGCGGCCGCAGCUGCAGUGCCACCAGUGCGAGUUCACCUGCAAGCAGGCACGCUGCCUGCGGCAGCACGUCCGCAUCAAGCACGAGGGAGUGAAGCCCCACAAGUGCCGCUACUGCGAGUUCAGCACCACGCGGCGCUACCGCCUGGAAGCCCACCAGUCCCUGCACACCGGCGUGGGGCGCGUCGCCUGCGGCAUCUGCAGCCAGACCUUCGGCACCAACUCCAAGCUGCGCAUCCACCGCCUGCGGGUGCACGAGAAGACCCCCACCCACUUCUGCCCGCUCUGUGACUACAGCAGCUACCUGCAGAACGACAUCACUCGCCACGUCAACAGCUGCCACCGUGGCGAGCUCAAUUUCGGCUGCUCCCGCUGCGAGGCUCGCUUCAGCUCUGAGACGGCCCUCAAGCAGCACGUCCUGCGGCGCCACGAGGAGAAGGUGUCCUACGGCUGCUCGCGCUGCAGCUUUGUGUGCCACAGCGAGGCCACACUCAAGUGCCAUGUUCAGAAGCAGCACCCGCACCUGGAGUGUGGCACCUGCAAGGAGACCUUUGCCACCCGGGAGGCUCUGGAGGAGCACAAGACGCAGCAUUUCAUCCACCGCUGUGAGCUGUGCAGCUUCGCAGCCAAGGAGCGACAGCAGCUGGUGUGGCAUUACAUGGAGAGCCACGAGCCAGCUGCCCCGCAGGACAAACCCCUGCAGUGCCCCUUCUGUGACUUUGCCUGCUGCCACCAGCUCGUCUUUGACCAGCACAUGAAGGGCCAUGGGGGCACCCGCGUGUACAAGUGCCUGGACUGCAAGUACACCACCAAGAACAGGCAGAAGAUCACGUGGCACAUCCGCAUCCACACCGGCGAGAAGCCCUACAAGUGCCACCUCUGUAAAUAUGCCUGUGCCGACCCUUCACGUCUCAAGUACCACAUGCGUAUCCACAAAGAGGAGCGGAAAUACCUCUGCCCUGACUGCGGCUACAAGUGCAAGUGGGUAAACCAGCUCAAGUACCAUAUGACGAAGCACACAGGCCUGAAGCCGUACCGCUGCGACGAGUGCGAGUACCGCACGAACCGGGCCGAUGCCCUGCGGGUGCACAAGGAGACGCGGCACCGGGAGGCUCGCUCCUUCAUCUGCGAGCAGUGCGGCAAGGCCUUCAAGACCCGCUUCCUCCUCAAGACCCACCUGAAGAAGCACAGUGAGGAGAAGCCUUACGUCUGCAACGCCUGUGGGCGGGCUUUCCGCUGGGCAGCUGGCCUGCGCCACCAUUACCUGACCCACACCAACGAGCACCCCUUCUUCUGCCGCUACUGCCCCUACAAGGCCAAGCAGAAGUUCCAGGUCAUCAAGCACAUCCAGCGGCAUCACCCUGAUGGAGCCGGUGACCCCAGCCAGGGGGUGGGAAAGGACCCCAGUGCGCCCAGCGUCCACCUCCACGAUGUGCAGAGGGAAAUCCAGGCUGAGGGGCCCCCUGGGCCAGAGCAGGAAGAAGGGUGCCCUGCAGUGAAGGAUGGGGCUUUGCAGUGAGGCUGAAUGUUGACAGCUUUGAGGCCUUAGUGGUGCAGGCCUGGUGCAGGGAUGUGUGUGUAUGUACAGGCAUAUGUGUAUAUGGAGUGUAAGAUAUGUGGCUGUAUAAAAGGAAUCUCUCCCUUCCUUUUAAUGCUGCUCCUUGGGGCUGUAUGGAGCCCUGUGUGAACAGUGGGCCAGAAGCCCAUAGGGAAAGAGUGCUCACACACACCCCCAUCUCU